ACGGCAUCACGUUCCGGUCAGAUCUGUUCCUUCGACGAAUAUGAAACAACUGGUCGUAUUAAUUUGUUCCAUGCUGGGAUUUGUUGGACUCGCUAGCACUCUACCACGAGAAGCAACCGAUUACGAAGAUAUGUCAUUUUGGUUAAAAUCUGGACAAGAGAAUCUUCGAAGAAACCUAGCUUAUCGGAACAACGAGAAUCGCGCGAAGAAUACCAUUAUCUUUAUCGGUGAUGGUAUGGGAAUAUCUACGAUUACGGCUGGCCGAAUAUACAAAGGCCAAAUGAAGGGCAGCACCGGCGAAGAAUAUAAAUUAGCUUUCGAGAAGUUCCCUAAUACUGGAUUCGCCAAGACGUACAACACCGACAAACAAGUGCCCGAUUCAGCUGGAACAGCCACCGCGAUAUUUUCUGGUGUGAAAUGUCGUUACAAAGUCAUCGGAUUGGAUACCAAAGCUUCGUUCGAUAAAUGCGACAAGCAUAACGACGAAAAGAGAAAAGUUACAACGAUCGCGGAUUGGGCGCAAGAAAGCGGCAUGGGUACCGGAUUCGUGACCACAACUCGAAUCACGCAUGCCACACCAGCCGGACUCUACGCUCAUACCAAUAAUCGCGAUUGGGAAUGCGAUACCUCGAUACCUAAACAAUACAAAGAUUGCGUAAAUGAUAUAGCGAGGCAACUGAUCGAAGAGGCUCCAGGAAAUAAGUUUCAGGUUAUUAUGGGUGGCGGAGCUCAACACUUGGGUUUACCAAUGGAGCCGAUAGAUCCGGAUACUUGCGUCAGGGGGGAUGGACAAAAUUUGGCCCAAUUGUGGUCAGAAAAUAAUCCCGAUGGCAAACUGGUAACCGAUGCUGAGCAACUCUUUUCCAUCGAUGUCGCAAACACCUCCAAGAUUCUCGGAGUUUUCGCUGCUAGCCAUCUUCCUUAUCAUGCCGUAAAGACAGAUCAAACACCGAGUUUAGCCAAUAUGACGACACAGGCUAUCAAGUUGCUCCAAAAGAAUAACGACGGUUUUCUCUUAAUGGUAGAAAGCGGAAGAAUAGACAUGGCUCAUCACCAUAACUAUGUAAAGUUAGCGUUGCGAGAACUAUCGGAGUUGGAGGAAGCGAUAUUGGCUGCUCUGCAACAAGUCAAGCUAGAAGAAACUCUAGUAAUCGUGACUGCUGAUCACUCUCAUUCCUUCACCAUAAACGGAUAUCCAAAGAGAGGAAACGAUAUCCUUGGUUUCGCAAAUGACCCAAACAAGCCAAACGUACCAUUCUACGAAACGCUUAGUUACAUCAACGGACCUGGCUUCUUCCAUCAUAGACGAAACGAUAGUAAUAAUAUCAACGAAACGUGGAGAGCCGUCGAGCAGGAUGAAACGCGCGAUCAGCCAUUCUAUACCAGUAUGGCUGGCACAUAUUUGGAAGACGAAACACACGGAGGCGAAGACGUCGGAGUCUACGCGAUAGGUCCGUACUCGCACUUAAUACGUGGUACUUUCGAACAAAAUUACAUCGCUCACGUAGUAGCGUAUGCCGCAUGCUUCAAAGACUGGCCUUCCCACUGUAACAACGCCUACAAUCGUUUCUUCUACAAAUUGACCAACUCGGUAAAUCGAACCACUAAUUCACCUCUUUUGUCUCUUUUCACGUUCGUGCUUCUUUUAAUCGUUCUCAACUACAAUUAAUCGUAUGCAUUAACGCGAUACGUAUGCACGAUUAAUUCCUGUUCCGAACGUUCUUCAUUAUUUCUCAUCUCGAUCGUUUCGUCCUUCCUUUCUUUUUCAUUAAUCGUCAAACUAGUCUGUACCCGAUUAUAAUUUAUACGUUAAGCGUAUUUGAUUUGCUUCCUCC